AUUUUCAAAUUACAGAUUUGUUAGCGCCAAUAUUUCAUCAGUUUUGUAUUUUUAUUAUUUUGUGUAUUCGUAUCUAGUAUUUAUUUAGUGUUCAAAAUGACCUCGUCACCAAGAUUCAAGCAUCUGGAGAGUGGACCAAAACGAUCUCCUGUAGAAAUAAAGGAGAAAAUGAGGAAGAAUUACAAAAAUAAAAUUCAAAACUGCCGUGUUAUGUUGUUGGAUAAACUGAGAGGGUCCCUAAUAGAGGAAGAUUUAUGCACCGCAUUAACUGAUAUAUACAAAUCUAUGUUUAAUUUCUCUGAUGAAAUAAUCAGUGAUGAAGAAUAUGAGCUUAUGGAGGAACUCAAAAAUGAACUGGUGCAAGAAGAGUUAGAGUGGUGCAUCAAAGAGUAUGAAAAAAGUCAGCAGGAAAAUGUUGAUUGGUCUUUAGUAGAAGAAGAUAAUAAUGUCAUAUGUCCUGUGUGCCAGAAAACAAAUCUUCAGCUUCAAAGUGAACAUCUGACAUGUUCCAACUGCAAGAGUGAUAUAAGGACAAAACUCUCGCUUUCCAAUAUUAAAAAAUCUCUUUUAACUUCUUUGGAAGCACAUAAUGCUUUGUGUAACAGUGAUGUGCAAUUUGGUUUAGUUUCAGAAGAAAAUGAAAGUCAUAUUUACCUUAUUUGUGAAAGUUGUUCUGAAAUGAAAUUAAUAUUAUAAAAAGAAAAUUUGGCAAAUUGAUUUGGUCACUCAGUGAUCAAAUAAUUCCACCAGUGAGAAAUAAAUUUGUACAUAGUAGCUAUUAAUUCUUGUUCUGUUAUCUACUGUUUUUCCUUUAUUUUGUAAGGGCAAAUUUUUAAAUCAAGGAAUAGGAUAAAAGGAAGGACUAAAAUUGAUCCCUGAAAGUUUUUGUAUGGAAGAAUUACUAAAAAUUCAAUAAUAUUUGUCCCAUAAAAUUUAUCUAGAGUUAGAAAAAUCAGCCCUAAGUAAAAUAAAGACAUGCUAACUUUUGAUCAGUUACAUAUUUUUUGUAAACAAUUUGUAACCAGCAUUUUAAAAUGUGGAUUAUUUAGUAAUAAAUCAUAUUAUAUCUUUAUGAAACAAAUUAGUUUUAAGUCUGUGAUAUGAAAGUAAAUAUAAGUGUAUUUUGGGUAUAAAAUGGAAUGCCAAUUGUGAUUGUAACAUAAUUUCUUUCACAAGUCUCAUUAUUAUCAUAGCAAUCGGCAUUCCAGUCUCUUCCUACCUCCAUGGGAGACCGGAGUAAAGUUAUGUUUGUAUGUAUGUAAGUAUAAAAUGAUAAUUAUAUUAUUGUUUAUACAGUCGAUGUAGUAGGGGAGCCCAUGGCCAUGAAGGUAUUUCAAUAACUGCUCUAGCAUAUUAAAUUAACAUAAAUAGGGAAUACCUAGUCAUCCUGUUGAAUAUACCCAGCUUGAUUAUACUUUAUCUAGAUAAGAGGGAGCAACCCAAGUAUCAUUUAUUUCAAUCAUACCAAUAUAAGGUUUUUUGAAUUUAAAAAACGUCAGUAAGGGUAAAGAGGUCAUGCAAGGAAGUGCAUUUAAAAAAAUCGACUGAUUGACAGGGAGGGUUUUGAAAUGGCUUUAUUAACCCGUUGAAAUUCAUCCCCUAAAUUUGCUCAUACAAAAGUAGUCUCUAAUAUUGGAAAUAAGGUCUAUAAUGUAGCUAGUGAAGAGUGGAUACCGGUGACCGCUUGGGGAUGUAUGGUUAAACACCACAUUGUCAUUGAUGACAAUCGUUAGCAGAUAAUUUGCCAAGAUUCACUAUCAGUAUCUGUCAUGAUUAAGUACUAAAACAGAACUUACACUUAAUAAUCUGCGCUUUCUUUUUCCUUCUUAUUACCUAAUCUUCAAAAUCCAAUCCAUUCAGGGCUCCCCUACCAAUGGGUGUAAUAUUCUACUUAUUGCAUGUU